UUGAUGAGCCUCAACUCUGACGUGCUGCCGCAGUACCGCCAGGAAGCGCCAAAGACACCUCCACAUAUCCUCCUGCACUACUGUGCGUUCAAGGCAAUCUGGGACUGGGUCAUACUCUGUCUUACCUUUUACACUGCCAUUAUGGUCCCCUACAAUGUGGCGUUCAAGAAUAAGACUUCGGAGGACGUCAGUCUUCUCGUACUUGACAGUAUUGUCGAUGUGAUAUUUUUCAUUGAUAUUGUGCUCAACUUUCACACCACUUUUGUCGGCCCCGGCGGCGAGGUGGUCUCCGACCCGAAGAUCAUUCGCGUCAACUACCUGCGCAGCUGGUUCGUCAUUGACCUGCUCUCGUGCCUACCCUAUGACAUCUUCAACGCCUUCGACCACACCGAAGAUCAAGGAAUCGGUAGCCUCUUUAGCGCCUUAAAAGUCGUCCGCCUGCUUCGACUGGGCCGGGUGGUGCGCAAGCUCGACAGGUACCUCGAAUACGGUGCUGCCAUGCUCAUUCUCCUGCUGUGCUUCUACAUGCUGGUGGCGCACUGGUUCGCCUGCAUCUGGUACAGCAUCGGCCGCGGCGACUCGGAGAACCAGCUCACCUACAGCUGGCUCUGGAAGCUGGGCUAUGUCACGCAGAAUCCAUUCCACUUAAGGCCGAACAAUGUGACGAUGAAGUUAGAGCUGGAGGGCGGCCCGGACCGCUCGACGAUGUACAUUACCUCGUUGUACUUUACGAUGACCUGCAUGACCAGCAUCGGCUUUGGCAACGUCGCCCCCGAGACGGACAACGAGAAGGUCUUCACCAUCUGCAUGAUGGUCAUUGGAGCCCUCCUCUACGCGACCAUCUUUGGCCACGUGACUACGAUCAUCCAGCAGAUGACCAGCGCCACGGCCAAGUACCACGACAUGCUCAACAACGUGCGGGAGUUUAUGAAGCUGCACGAGCUGCCGAAGGCGCUCAGCGAGCGGGUGAUGGACUACGUCGUCUCCACCUGGGCCAUGUCGAAGGGCAUCGACACGAAGAAGGUGCUCAGCUACUGUCCGAAGGACAUGACGGCGGACAUCUGCGUGCACCUCAACCGGAAGGUCUUCAAUGAGCACCCUGCCUUUCGGCUGGCCAGCGACGGCUGCCUCCGGGCGAUGGCCAUGUACUUCAGCAUGGACCACUCCGCGCCCGGUGAUCUGCUGUACCACGUCGGCGAGUCGAUUGACUCGCUGUGCUUUGUCAUCAGCGGCUCGCUGGAGGUCAUUCAAGAUGAGGAGGUUAUUAGUAGCCCUUGA